GCUCCGCCCUUGCAACGGGUCCGCCAUCUUGGAGAGGGCAUGGAGGAGCUGUCGAGGCUUUAACAUCGGCGCUUCGCCUGGAUGAUAGAAAUGGAUGCUCCAUUUGAUGGCACUGAGGUGACUGUGGUCUCCGAGGAGACAGAGGGAAGCUACAUGACUUCCAAACCUCCUAUAAAGAAAAAGCGAUACAAAGGCAGCAUUGAACAAGGGGACACGGUAAAGAAACCCAGGUCUGCCUACCUUUUGUAUUACUAUGAUAUCUACUUGAAGGUCCAGCAGGAGGUACCGCACCUGCCCCAGUCUGAGAUUAACAAGAGGAUAAGUGAGAGUUGGAAGCUUCUGAGUGUGGCUGAGAAAAGCUAUUAUCUGGAACGAGCAAAACUGGAGAAGGAGGGAUUAGAUUCUAAUAUUAAGUCUAGCUCACCAACCAUGGUUUCAGAUGUUCCUGGCUUCAGAAAGAUCCUUCCACGUUCAGAGUACAUUCUGAUACCCAAGAGGUCACCGAGCGAAGAUAGAAUGGGUCGACAGCAGGUGGAGUUGUGUGUGACUCAACCUCAGCGGGUUGUCGCUUCAUCAGUCGGUGUGUCUCAAAAUGGGGAACAUAAAUUCUUGUCUUUGGAUGCUGGACAGGUCACCCUAUCAGAGCAGUGCAUUGACAUGGAGGGACUAGCAGAAGAUGGAACAAACUUCAGUUCAACAGAUGUAGUGCAAGAACUUCUUCCUGGUGGAGUUCUCUCUCACUAUACAGGGCCGUUGGGUGAUAAGCUAAGUGGUGAUAUUAUACUUGAUGAUGCAACUCUGGAAAUAGGGCCCACAAGUCCUUUUCAGGCAACAAGUAUGGUGAUUGAAGAGAGCAGUGGAAUAGCUGUUACACGUUCUGACAUACCAGCAGCCAUGUCAGUGCUCACAGUUAUGGCAAUACAGGACUCAGAGGAUAGCAGCACUUCAUCCUCCACCUCUCAGUAUUUUAUGGUCCCCAUGGCUAGUUGCCCUUCACUGGAGCCAUCACGACCUGUUAAACUGGCCAGCACUUACACCAGGAGGGGACGUGGAAGCUGCACCAACCCCGGCUGCACAUAUACCUACGUUACCAGGCACAAGCCUCCCACGUGUCCCCUUUGCAACAAUUUCCUUGGGGGGAAAUGGAUUCCAAAGGCAAAGCAAGCAAAAGAGAAACAUUCUACUAUUACCAAAACUGUAACACAGCAGCCUGAUCCAAGCUCUCAAGAUCAAUGUCCCAUUACCUGUGGACCCAAAUCAACAGAGAAUAAUGAGGCGGUUAGCCAGCUGCUCCAUGCCUCUUCAUCAGUGCAUGAGCAGGAGUGGGAAGAGGUCAUAAUAUCAGAUAUACAUGUUACGCAUAAAAAUGUAGAGGACAUCUGUGAAGAUACAGUGAUUAGCAAGGAACAGUACAAGUCUUUGGAUGCUGAGAGCGGAGAAAUGGUGGAAAGUGUUGACCCUAACAGUAAAACGCAGUCUGCAGAUGAGCCUGUGAACACAGCUCGUCAGCUAAGCAGCUCAAAGGUAGACUCGCAAGCUCCAUCAACAUCCCAUAAAGGGCAGGAAGCAAAGCCUACAGCGAAAUCUCGGGCUACCUCUCAGGCAGCUGCCAGGCCAAUACGGGCAAUCCUGCCUGCCCCAGCUAAUACAAACAGAAAUGCCAGUGUGGAAUGCGCUGGCAGCAGACUGGCCAUUAUAAAAACUGAGACACACAAUCCCAUCAUAGCCUCCUGUCUGAAGCCCAGCACAUUGAAACAGCUUGGCCACUCAGUCCUGCCACAGCCAAUAACUCAAGAAAUAAUGGUAAGAAGUGAUCCCCAAGGUCCUGUUUCACAGCCACCACUAAAAUUGGUGUCUGAAGCUUUCCCGUCUUUCAAAUACAGCAGCCUCAUGACCUUGGACCUAGGCUUGGCUACUCAAAGAGGCAGGGGAAGGUGCAAGAACCCAAUGUGCAGUUUCAUGUAUACAAACCGGCAUAAGCCAAAAACCUGCCCCACUUGUGGUUCUAGCCUAUCAAAAGAUAAAGUGGAAAAAGGAUCCAGACUCCCAGAGACCCAGAUUUGUUUCCAGAAUAUUCACAGAAUUGGCGACUCCCUUAGUCAAUCUCAAAAGGAAACCCAGCGCCAGUCAACACUCUUGCUGCUCCGUAAAACCAUGCAGAUUCCUGAAAAUGAGUGUGACCUCUCAGAAACGUUCACCCUAAUACAGGAACUCAACAGCUCUCGACUUGUCCUUUCCAACGUCUGUGAUGGCACCGUAACUAUUGAGCAAACCUCAUGGGCCAGUUUUUAUGAGUCACAAGCUACUCGGUGUCUCCUAUGUGGAACGACCUUAUUUAAAGGUGACAAGAACUCCUUGGCUGGACCUCAAGAUUGCUGGCUAUUAACAUCUACUCGUCUGCAAUUAGUGACUGCCCAGAUAAAGAUGUGCUUGAACCCCGAGUGUCUGGCCUUGCACAGUUUUAAUGAUAUUUACACUGGUCUCUUUAACGUAGGAAACAAACUUCUUGUUAGUCUGGACCUCCUUUUCUCUAUCCGGAACCAAAUUAGAUUAGGAGAAGACCCCAAAGGGUCCAUCAGCAGAAUCUUGGAGUCUGUGCAGCAGCAAGCAGAGAAAGUUUUGAAUCCAGAGGAACUGACAUCACUCUAUGAGCUUAUGAGCUGUGGCUAUUGGGCAUUUGAAUGCCUCACCAUCCGAGACUAUAACGAUAUGAUCUGUGGAGUGUGUGGGGUUGCACCCAAAGUUGAGAUAGCUCAAAGAAAUACACAAAAUACCCUCACGCUGACAAAUGUUGAGUUCACUUGGCCAGAAUUCCUAACGUCCAAUGAAGUGAGCAUGGAGGAUUUCUGGACCACCCUAGAGAAUGAAGUAUUAGAACAAGCUGCCUUCCCUUCCAGUAUUCCCAUCACCAAGUUUGAUGCCUCUAUCCUUUCUCCAUUUUUCCCGCCGCUUAUGCGUGCAUCAGUGGUGGUAAACAGUGAGAGCUUCAAGAACCUGGAAGUGCAGAAAGUUCCAGGUAACGGCAGUACCCUUGUGAGAUUGUUUCAGGAAGGGUCCCUCAAGUUGGAUGAGAUUAAUCUGAAAACCAAACAGGAGUUGCAGAACAUCCUGACACUUUGUGGAAUUCCAUGGGAUGAUACAGACACAAAAGAUCAAAUGUGUUAUUCCAUCUUAGCUCUUUCUGAGUUUGUACAAAAUGGAACUCAGGCUAAACAACCCCCACCUAAUUUGACAGGUGGCAAGCUCUACAAAGUGUGUCCCCACCAGGUUGUCUGUGGAUCCAAGUACAUUGUUCGUGGAGAGAGUCCGCGUGAUCAUGUGGACCUCUUGGCCUCUUCCCGUCACUGGCCUCCUGUAUAUGUUGUAGAUAUGGCAACCCAAGUAUCUCUAUGUGCUGAUCUGUGUUACCCAAACUUAACCCAGCAGAUGUGGGGAAAGAAUCAGGGCUGUUUCUCUGAUCCCUCAGAACCACCAAAGUAUGUGUCCUGCCCAGAGCUGCUUGACCGACAUUACAAUGUGGACAUAAUGGGCAAUGAACAGUCUAUUCAGCACCCAGUCACCAAAUCUGCUUCGAGAAGAGUGGUGCAUGCUGUGGCAGAGCAGAAUGGGACGUGUGACCCCACAUCGAGACACCACUCGUUGACUCUGUGCCGUGAGCUGGAACCAUACAGUGCAAUCAUUACAGCCAUCGGAGACAGCAAGACCAGUAACGUCCGAAACUUCCCUAUUCAUUUUGAGAACCCCACACACUAUUUCCUCUACAACAGGCUCAUUGACUUCCUAACAAGCCGUGAUAUUGUCAACAGACAAAUCCACGACAUUGUACAAAGCUGUCAGCCAGGAGAGGUGGUCAUCAGAGACACUCUGUACCGACUGGGAGUGGCACAGAUAAAAACAGAAAUCCUGGACAAUGAAGCUGAGGAGGAAGUGGCACAGGAGAAUCUAGGGUGACCCUGCACUCAUUUGACAAAAUAUUUAUUAAUUAAAAGAUAAUACAGACAAUCAAAACUGAAUGAAUCUGCAGUUGAAUAAACGUCUCUAUAAUG